AUGAAUAUCCUGUUUCAGCAAGCAUUCGAAAGAAUACAACUGGACGAGGUAGACCUAAAACCUGCCUCCUUCCCCCUUUAUGAUUUUACUAGGGAUCAUCUAAUUCCCAAGGGAAUGAUUGUACUCCCCGUCACGUUGGGAGAAACCAAUGAAGUGAUGAAGGUGACGGAGUUCUUGGUGGUAGAUUGUCCGUCCGCCUUCAACGGCAUCCUAGGACGACCUUUACUAUGGAAUUUCAAGGUUAUCACCUCUAUGUACCAUCUAAAAAUAAAGUUCCCCACCUCGACGGGGAUUGGGGAAGUGCAAGGAUCCCAACGUGAAUCUCACAACUGGUGCAUAAGGGCAGUCCAAAUGGCGUGCAAGGGAAAGGGGAAGCCAAUGGGCGCCCCCGAACACGCCAUGACAAUCAAUAGGAUCGAGCUACGACUUGGACCAGCAGAGAAUAACAUAGAUCCUUGCAUCCAGGAGUGUCCUCACAACGGGCCAGUUGAGGACUUGUCUAAGGUGUCGGUCGAUGAAAGCGAAUCGACUAGAGUAUUAAGAAUCGAGAGCAAUCUCAACUCAUAG